AUAUUUAUACCUCCUCUGAUAAACAGACGAGCUGCAGCUCCUGCAUACAUGGUGGCUGAAAACAAGUGAGGAAAAAAGACAACAGAACCUUGGGGGGGGGGGGGCUCGGCAGACUCAACCCUCACCGAGGCCAAUCAGAUCAGACGGAAUCGGAAAGCUUUGAGCCACACAGGCUCGGAUAUUGAAUAAUCUGAAGAAAAACACUCCAAGAAGGUGAAGAGGACAGGAAAACAUGCCAGGCUCUGGUGGGGCAGAUCUAAAGGGAGAAGACUUCUCCACCGCCAUCCUGAAGCAGAAACACAGACCAAACAGACUAAUCGUGGACGAAGCGCUAAAUGAAGACAGCAGCAUUGUCAGCCUGUCACAGAACAAAACAGAGGAGCUGCAGCUCUUCCGUGGAGACACGGUGGUGCUGAAGGGACGAAAGCGGAGACAGACUGUGUGCAUCAUCUUGACCGAGGACAGCUGUGGGGAUGAGAGGAUUCGGAUUAACCGAGUUACACGCAAAAACCUGCGUGUUCGGCUAGGUGAUGUGAUCAGCAUCCACGCCUGCCCAGAUAUCAAGUAUGGGAAAAAGAUCCACAUCCUCCCCAUUGACGACACCAUUGAGGGCCUGACCGGGAACCUCUUUGAUGUUUUUAUCAAGCCGUACUUCCUGGAGGCUUACCGGCCUGUACACAAAGGAGACAUCUUUAUGGUGAGGGGGAGCAUGAGGGCAGUGGAGUUCAAGGUGAUAGUUACGGACCCCAGCCCUCACUGCAUCGUUGCUCCAGACACCGUCAUCUACUGCGAAGGAGAGCCAAUCAAAAGAGAGGAUGAAGAGGAGAAUCUGAAUGACGUCGGCUACGACGACAUCGGAGGCUGUCGGAAGCAGCUAGCUCAGAUCAAAGAGAUGGUGGAGCUUCCUCUCAGACACCCAGGGCUCUUCAAGGCUAUAGGGGUUAAGCCACCCAGAGGCAUCCUGCUUUACGGACCUGCAGGAACUGGGAAGACCUUAGUGGCCCGAGCUGUAGCCAAUGAAACCGGGGCCUUUUUCUUCCUCAUCAAUGGUCCGGAGAUCAUGAGCAAGCUGGCAGGAGAGUCAGAAAGCAACCUGAGGAAGGCGUUUGAGGAGGCAGAGAACAACGCUCCCGCCAUCAUCUUCAUCGAUGAGCUGGAUGCCAUCGCACCCAAAAGAGAGAAGACUCAUGGGGAAGUGGAGAGGCGAAUCGUGUCCCAGCUUCUCACCCUGAUGGAUGGCUUGAAGCAAAGAGCUCACGUGGUUGUCAUGGCAGCAACAAACAGACCAAACAGCAUUGACCCAGCUCUAAGACGCUUCGGUAGGUUCGAUCGUGAGAUCGACAUCGGGAUCCCUGAUUCGACCGGAAGACUGGAAAUCCUGCAGAUCCACACCAAAAACAUGAAACUGGCCGAUGACGUCGACCUGGAGAAGAUCGCCUCAGAAACCCAUGGCCACGUAGGCGCUGACCUCGCUGCGUUGUGCUCAGAAGCUGCUCUGCAGGCCAUUAGAAAGAAAAUGGCUCUCAUAGAUCUGGAGGAUGAAACCAUCGACGUGGACCUGCUCAACUCCCUAGCUGUCACCAUGGAUGACUUCCAAUGGGCACUGAGUCAAAGUAACCCAUCAGCUCUGAGAGAGACUGUAGUAGAGGUACCUCAAGUCAACUGGGAGGACAUCGGAGGGCUGGACGAGGUCAAGAGAGAACUUCAAGAGCUUGUUCAGUACCCUGUCGAGUAUCCUGAUAAGUUCCUGAAGUUUGGGAUGACCCCAUCUCGUGGGGUUUUGUUCUACGGGCCUCCAGGUUGUGGGAAAACUCUCCUCGCAAAGGCCAUCGCCAACGAGUGCCAAGCAAACUUUGUAUCAAUCAAAGGACCUGAGAUGCUCACCAUGUGGUUCGGAGAGUCCGAGGCCAACGUCAGAGAUGUCUUUGAUAAGGCCAGACAGGCAGCACCCUGCAUCUUAUUCUUUGAUGAGUUGGACUCCAUCGCUAAAUCCAGGGGAGGCGGGGCUGGGGAUGCAGGUGGUGCCGCUGACAGAGUGAUCAACCAGAUCCUCACGGAGAUGGAUGGCAUGUCAGACAAAAAGAAUGUUUUCAUCAUUGGUGCAACAAACAGACCGGACAUCAUAGACCCGGCCAUCCUGCGACCAGGUCGUCUAGACCAGCUCAUCUACAUCCCACUGCCUGACAAACCUUCCCGCACAGCAAUUCUUAAAGCAAACCUGCGCAAAUCACCUGUUGCAAAAGAUGUGAAUCUGGAAUUCCUGUCUGGGAUCACAGAGGGUUUUUCCGGAGCUGACCUGACAGAGAUCUGCCAGCGGGCCUGUAAACUUGCCAUCCGUGAGGCCAUUGAGGCGGAGAUCAAGGCUGAACGACAGAGGCAGAACCGACCAGGCAUCCCGAUGGAUGAGGACUUCGAUCCCGUCCCGGAGAUCAGGAAGGACCAUUUUGAAGAGGCAAUGCGGUUUGCCCGUCGCUCCGUCAGUGACAACGACAUCCGCAAAUAUGAGAUGUUUGCACAAACUCUGCAGCAGAGCCGGGGAUUUGGAAACUUCAGGUUUCCUUCUGCAACUGGUACCCGGUCUGGAGGUCAGAGGUCAGGUUCUGGAUCAGAGAGGUCGAGCCAGUACAGAGGGGAAGGUGAUGACGAGCUCUACCAAUAAUAACCUACAAGCUGAAAGUAUAACUGAAAAUGAGCUGAAAUGGGAACAUGAUCGAUAUUUGUUCCAGUGAUUUAAUGGAGUAAAACUCUGAAAAAACAUUUUAAUGAUUAUUUCUGAUUACAAUCAGUCACUCUGUGUUUUUCAUUUAGGCUGAACAUGAAAUUAGUCUCCUACAUCUAUCUCCUGCAUGAGCUUCUGAUAGAGAAUAUACGGUGAAAUGCUAGGAUAUGAAAAGCCUGGCUCACUCGCUUGGACUCACCCAUCUUGGCUUACAAUGGGGAAGGCUGUUGUUGGUUUAGCGUCCAGGAAACAGCAUUUAACGUCUUGGUUAGCAGAAGCUAACAUUAGCAUUAGCAACUCAAAAACACAGCAGAAGCUCCUCAAGGCUUGUGUUAUUUGUGUAGAUAAAACAUCAACAUUGCAGGGAAACUGAGUCGGUGGUAGAGUUGCGUUGCUGUUAGCCAAUCAAAGGCUAGAUGUCCAAAUAUCGGGAAAUAAGACUCCUAAUCCUGCUGUCUGCUGCAACAGACUUGUCCAUGCUGAUUCAGGCGCUUCUGAGUGUUCUGCACCUUUAAGGUUUUUAAAAUAACUCUAUCAAGACCUUGAUUUUAUGGUAGUGCCUUUGGUCUACAGGUAACAUUUGGAAAUAUAGCUGGGUCAUAUUUUCAGUAAAUGCAAUAUUUAAUUUAACUGUUAUGAAGGUGAUGUCAGACUCGUAGCAGAAGAGGUAGCCUCACUCUUAUGUCAGAGCCUCUCCACUGACUUCCUGUUAGAUUGAAGUUAUAUUUAAAAUUCUUCUGCUUGCUUUUGUACAGCUGAAUACUAUUCUAACUCAUCUUCUCUUACCCUGAUUCUAGAUGUUAGAUCAUCAGUGCCAUUUAUAUAUAUAUAUAUAUAUAUAUAUAUAUAUAUAUGACAAUUUUUUCAAAUCACUAGCCCUUGGAGAAGAGCUGCUCCAAAAUAAAAUGUGUCUUGUGGGAACAGUUAGGUGCAACAAGCCAGAGCUGCCCCCACAGCUCUAGAUGAGAAGCAGAGCGGUUCUGUCCUCCCUCUUCGCCUUCACCUCCACCACCACCGCGGUGAGAUACAUACUGAAGCACAGGCUUGCAUGCACGCUUUUGCAGAAAAUGUGGACAGGCUGUGUGCGAGGAGCACUCAUCAGUUGUGUGCUUAACCUGCAGCUACUAGCUCUCUCUCUCUCUCUCUCUCACACACACACACACACACACGCACAUGCACACACACCCUUUUUCUUUGUUCAUGUGUUUUAAUAAAGUAGUCAACUGGC